AUGGACGAGUACAAGAGAUAUCUGGCCGAGCAGAUUUUGACGGAGGAUAAGCUGAUCACUUAUCGCUACCUAAGCAGAGCGCUGAAGGUUCACGUCAACACUGCAAAACAGAUGCUAUUUGAGUUCCACAAGUCUCAAAAUGCCAAGAAGCCUGGUGCAAUUCAUGCCACUUAUCUGGUCUACGGAACAAAAAAGCCUGGGUCGCAUGAGGGUGUCAGCCAGGAGGACGGAGACGUCGAGAUGACGAGCUCCAUGCCAGAUGUAGACUCUGUGCAUGAAGAAGUACCUGUUGUGACUAUGUCCCUUGUCCCGGAGGAGUCGCUUGGUGACGUCCUGUCACACUACGAAGAGGUUUCAUCGAUCCACGUCUAUAGUGUUGGACCGCAUCCUAUCAAGGAUUUGCAAUUGCUUUCGGAUACUGCCCGUCAAGUUCUUGAUCUAUCUCUGUCAGACACUGAGUCAGAAAGCAUCAAGACUUAUGGGACGAUCAGUAAUCCGUAUCUUCGUCAACGGGAGCGGAAGGGUACCAUCCCUACACCUUCGGUAGCAGCAAAGAAAGGGGAGCCAAAAUUUCAACCUACCAAACCCGGUGGAGCAACGGCAAUAAUCAAGGAGGAGCCGAAGCCUCCCAAGACAGCGGCUUCGAAGGAAAGCACGGCGUCUUCCACAACUACCAAGAAGCCGGUUCCCUCUCUUCAGCGGGGAGGCUCUUCCGGGAUCAUGCAGGCUUUCGCGAAGGGCGCAUCUGCAAAGCCAAAGCAGAAAACCACCAAACAAGCUCCUCCAGAAGAUCACUCAACGCAAACCCUGUCAGAUGAUGGCGAAGACGACACUGAUGUCUUGCCACAGCCGAAAGCUAGUAAGACCGGCGAUCACAAGUCUCGUAAAGAGAGGGAAGAAGAGCUCCGCCGUAUGAUGGAAGAGGAUGAUGAGGUGCAGGAAGAGAAGGAGGAUACGCCUAUGGAGGAGCCGGAGGAACAAGAGGAGCCAGAGGAGCCCGAGGAGCCCGCAGAUGAGGUUCCAGCACCAGAGCCUGCGAAGGAGGAGCCGGCCGAGGUUGUCUCCACUAGCACUGGUGACGGUCGUCGUCGCGGCAAGAGGCGUGUUAUGCGAAAGAAGCAGAUCAUGGACGAUCAAGGCUAUCUUGUAACGAUCCAGGAGCCUGGCUGGGAGUCGUUCUCAGAGGACGAACCGGCUCCGACAAAGAUCAAAUCGUCACACACCUCAGCACCCCCAUCGCAAGCAGCAAAGGCGAAGAAGUCUGGGCCUAAAGGAAGCCAAGGAAGCAUUAUGUCUUUCUUUGGCAAGAAAUGA